GUAAUUUCAUCUGGAAUUCUCCCUUCCCCAACAAAAGCAGAAAAAAUUUCAUUCGACAUUUCGGAUGUUCGAGAUGCAGGUUUAAAGACCCCGUCUUUGGAUUCAUUUUGCUCUAAAAUUGAUAAUGUUUCAUUAAAGACACUCUCAAGAUAUGGGAGUAUUAAACUGGUGCUGUCCCUUUCCAYAUCUCCUUUUCAAGAAAAUCCCUCUGGUUUUGAAUCUGGCUCCUACACUUUUUCAGAUAAUGGGUAUACUUUUGCGAUCCCAGCGUGGCUAUCAAUACUUCCUAGCAUCUGCACCAUAAUACUUGCCAUUUUACUAAAGCAGUCUCUCUUGGCAAUCUUUGCUGGAGCCUGGGUGGGAACCACUUUAUUGUAUCAUGGAAAUCCUCUUAUUGGCUUCUUUCGAACCCUUGACACGACGCUUAUUAGGGGCAUAUCGUCCCCGGAUCAUGCCUGUGUGCUCUUGUUUUGUUUGUUUAUUGGAGGCAUGAUCGGCGUCCUUGGUGUUGGCGGUGGUGCAAAUGGCCUUGCUCUGGUGGUCACAAAGUUUGCAAAAACAAGGCGAAGGGCUUCCUUGGCAACAUUUUUGGUUGGGAUAUUAAUUUUCUUUGACGACUACGCAUCCUGUUUGAUUUGCGGUCUAACCAUGAAAGACAUCACGGGGACUAUGAAAAUUUCAAGAGAAAAGCUCUCUUUUAUUGCCGACACCUGUGCUGCAAAUAUCUCGACACUCUCCAUAAUUUCAUCCUGGAUUUGUAUUGAAAUCUCUUACAUUGUCCAGGAGUUUUCCCAGCUGGGUAUGGAAACUGACGGAUAUAGUACUUUUAUCCGUGCAUUACCUUAUAACUUUUAUCCCAUCUCAAUGUUGGGCUUUUGCCUUUUAGGGAUAAUUUUGAAUAGAGAUUUUGGGCCAAUGCUUACUGCAGAGCGGAGAGCUCAUAGAACAGGGCAGCUUGUAAAACCAGGCAGUGUCCCUUUGGGAGGAGAUAAUGUUGAGAGCAGCGGAGAUGCUUUUCUGACCCCCAAAAAAGGGAUUCGCUCACUGUGGUGGAAUGCCGCCAUCCCUUUUCUCGUCGUCAUUACGGUUGUUGUAUUUUCUAUGCUUGGAGACGGCGCUUACGCAAUUUCUCGAUAUAGGGAUGUUCUUCUUUCAAAGAAAUACCUUGCUGGGUUGAACCACUUUUCUUCUUUGGAGAGCCAUAUUGCUAGUAAAAUCACCGAGAUUGACAAUUCAUGGGGUCCCAUUUCUUGGGUAUCAGCAAGCGUUCCAUUCAACGGUCUGCUUUGGGCCUCAUUACUGGCGUCCUUUACUGCUAUUAUUCUUGUUGUUUCCCAAAGAAUUCUUUCCAUUUCCGAGGCAAUGAACGCUUGGGUAAAUGGGGCGAAAUCAAUGCUGUUCGCCGUCAUUAUCUUGAUCUUAGCAUGGGGCCUGGGUGAUGUUUGUCGUCAGCUUAAAGCUGCCGAGUGGAUAUCUUCUUCAUUGGGAAAGUCUCUGUCUGCAUACAUUUUCCCAACUAUAGUCUUUAUUACAUCUUCAGCUGUAAGCUUUGCCACUGGAAGUGCAUGGGGGACCAUGAGUAUCCUAUUCCCAUUGAUGGUUCAAAUGGCAUAUACUCUUCAAACGGCGGCCGACCCAGUAUCUGACCCGUCUAAAAGCGUUUGUCUUUUAGCCACGGUCGCGUCCAUUCUUGGAGGGGCUGUUUGGGGUAAUCAAUCUUCGCCGAUUGCCGAUUCGUGCAUCAUGAGUAGCGUUGCUUCCGGCUCAGAUCAUAAUGACCAUGUUUAUACGCAACUGGGAUAUACAGUUCCGGUUGGAAUCAUUUCAAUACUAGUGUGUAAUCUUCCCAUUUCGCUUGGAUUGUACCCGUGGCCAGUAGGCUAUGUCAUUACUUUUGUAUUAUUUUUGAGCAUAUUUUUCUUGAUCGGGGGACGACAGGACGCUGAUGACGAUCUAAACGAUCCAUAUCUUUUAAAAUGGCUUUCUAGAACGAAAGAGGAUACCUCUUUCCCCAAAGGUCUGGUAUCCUCCACUCCCUCGUCCAUUAUCAUUGAUGGCGGUAAGUAG